CAUCACAACAACAAUUUCUCUCUCCAGCCCUCAUAUCCCGCGUUUAAACUUCACAAAAUGGCCACCAGACGCUUCAGCUACAGCGUAGGAUUGCUCUUUGCCUUGGUGACAAGUUUAAUCGAGUUUGGAACUGGGUUUAACAUAGACGUGGAUACGCGGUCGGCGAUAGUUCGCCGGGGGCCCUACGGGAGUUACUUCGGCUUCAGCGUAGAUUUGCAUCGGGAGGGGGACAAGACUUGGAUGUUAGUGGGUGCGCCGAGAGCCCAGACCCGUCAGCCCGGCACGGACCACCCCGGCGCCGCGUACAUGUGUAACCUGGAGCACGAGCCGUGUGUGCAGAUUCCCUUCGAUACAACAGGAUCAGACCUGAUAGACGGCAGUCUAACGCUCUACAAGGAGGACAAGUCCUUCCAGUGGUUCGGCGCCUCCAUCAAGAGCUCGGGACCAAACGGACCUGUGGUGGCGUGCGCCCCACGGUACGUUUACUACACCAAGUACGUCAGGGAACGAGAGCCGAUCGGCAGCUGCUUCGUUGCUAGGAGAAACUUCACCUCGUUCCGAGAGUACACUCCGUGCCACUCAGCGGAUGAAUAUGACAUUGCACCAUGGCAUCGAACCGGAUUCUGUCAGGCGGGAUUUAGCGUCACAUUCACCAGCGACGGGAGCAAAAUUUUGAUAGGUGCAGUUGGAAGCUACAACUGGCAAGGACAGGUGUAUUCACAAAGCGUCAGAAGGAGCUUGAUGCGGCGGACCAGUAUCGGACCGGCCAAGGAGAACGACACGUAUCUCGGGUAUUCAACAGCGGUCGGUGAGUUUGACGGAGAUUCACUGGAAGACGAAUAUGUAGUCGGAGUCCCACGAGCGAAGAUGAUGCACGGUGCGGUAGUUAUCCUUGACGCCACCAUGCGCGAGCUGGCCACCCUGGCGGGAGAACAGAUGGGGGCGUACUUCGGGUACUCCGUGUGCGUGCAGGACGUCAACGGCGACGGUGCAGACGACGUGCUUGUUGGCGCGCCGAUGUGGACAGACCGGGAGUGGCCGGAGGACGGCUGGGAGCGCGGCAGGGUGUACAUCUUCCACCAGCUCAGGGCGUACGGCUCCAGGGUUCGGUUUAACAUCGCUCCCACACUGAUCGGGGAGGGUGCCGGGGAGAGGUUCGGACUGUCCAUGGUCGGACUGGGAGAUAUCAGCAAGGACGGGUACAACGAUGUUGCGAUUUCUGCACCGUACGGUGGGAAGGAAUCCGCCGGCGUUGUCUACAUCUAUAACGGGUCACCGUAUGGCCUGAAGACGGAGUACUCACAGAAAAUUUCGGGUGAAGCCGUUGUCCCAGGAAUCCGUACGUUUGGUUUCUCCUUGUCUGCAUCAGCUGAUAUUGACGGCAACCAGUACCGAGACUUGAUCGUCGGCGCACACGCUACUGAUACUGCCGUCGUUCUGAGUUUCACCAUCACAGAGUGUUUUCGCUAUGACGGAAUCGCAGUCCCACUGAAUAUAGAACUCCAAUAUGAGACGGUUUUGGACAGGAUCCGGGCCUCUAACUCCCGGGCUGACUUCCUGGGCCGUACGGACGCCAUUAAACUCAUCCGGCUAACGCAGGGAGUGCGCAAGUGCGAACAAUCGCAAGCUUACAUCCGGCCUGACCUCCGUGACAAGUUGACGCCCAUAGAGGUAGCAGUCACACACAGCCUGGAUGACCGGCCUGGAGCGGUCCUUCCUCCCAUACUGGACCAUCAUGCACGGCACACUGUUACCGAUCAGACAAAUAUCCUGAAGGACUGUGGCAAAGACAACAUUUGCGACACCGACCUGAGAAUAACAGUUUCCAGUGAGAGGAAAGACAUCCUGAUCGGGACGCCGUACGACUUCAUCAUGCACGUGGAAGUUCGGAACGCCGGAGAGGGCGCUUACGAGGCCGUCAUGACCAUGGACGUGCCUGACGAGGUGGACUACAUCGGGUUCCACAAGAAGUCUAAGGAUGCCCAGGUUUCCUGUACCAACGACUUUGGCGUCGUGAAAUGUGAACUGGGAAACCCCAUGGAAGCAAACGAGACGAUCGGCAUAUAUCUCAGGUUGUCCGUUUCUCGACUGAGUGGAAUGAAUGAUUCUGUAUCAUUCGUCGUGCAAGCAAACAGUUCCAACGUAGAAGACCAGACCACGAGUUUUGACAAUGAAGCUAUUCUGACGUUACCUGUGCGUGCCUUCGCUAAUGUCGGUCUCCGGGGUGUUUCCAUCCCAGAACAAGUUAUCGUGAAGAUGAAAACUAAACAAACGGAGGACCAAAGUGACGAGAGCGGACCAGUGACGGUGCCCCCUCCUCCGAAACCGCAGUUCACACACAUUUAUGAGAUUUUAAGUACAGGUCCGAGCACAAUAGGAAAGUCGGAGCUGAAGGUGUACUUUCCGGUUAAAACGGUAGGGGGCGCUAGUUUCAUCACCCUGGGGAACAUCACUGUGGAAGGGGACGGGCAGUGUCUCGUGACCCGGAUGUUGGGGUUAUCAGAGUUCAACAUUACGUCUGUCCAGAUCGGACAGCUUUCCGCCACAGCGUCACCUAGCGACACGGAACCGCCACUGCAGGAGUUGCGGACGAGAAAACGUCGCCAAGUGUCCAAAGCCGCAGUCAGAGAACAGUUGGAUUGCACCACGUCCAGGUGCAUGUUAAUCACGUGUCUGUUUGGCCCGCUGAAGAGAAACAGUAUCGCCAUCGUGCGACUCACGUCGUUUUUACAUCUGGACAGCCACGACGUGCAGAGGAAAGUCAUAGAGAGAGACGUUGUGUCCACCGGUGUGUUCGAAGUCCUGGAGAUGCCUUACCACAUACAGCCCGUUUCCAUGUCAACGUCACUCGCACAGAUCGUGACCCCGAUUAACCCUGAGAAGCCGACUGCGGCGAAGAGGUCCGUGCAGACCUGGGUAGUCGUGCUGGCCGUCAUGAGCGGGCUGUUACUGCUCAUCCUACUCGUGCUCCUGCUGUGGAAGGCUGGUUUCUUCAAACGGAAGUACAAGCAGCUCAUGGACUAUAACGGGUACUUGGACGCCGACGACGACGAUGAUGAUGAUGAAAAUGGCGUCGUUGAUUUUUGCAAAGAACGCUGGGAACGGCUGGUGUCAGGUAUCAUGUCCUGUUGGGACUGGAUGGACACAAGACUGACCAAUCUUAGGGACCGUUACUACUGACCCAUCAUCUUUGAAUUGACACACUGUACGUGAUUGGUCGAGACUGAACAGUCUAAAUGAUAGGUAGGAGUUAAAGCACGUCGGCAGAACGUACUGCACCUGCGCGAAGCCCGCAAUGUGUUGUGCAUAGCACUUCGGCAGAACGUCUCAUAUAA